GAGACCAGUUGUGGAUACACAGUAGUAGCCCUUAGCAGCAGGGAUUCUAGUUCUCCGCCGUUGAUUUGAUCUUUGAUCAAACGACCAUGCCGAUCCGCAACAUCGCCUUUGGAAGGCCCGAGGAGGCGACUCGACCCGACGCUCUUAAAGCGGCGUUUGCUGAGUUUAUAUGUACCUUGAUUUUCGUGUUCGCCGGCGAAGGUUCCGGCAUGGCCUUUAACAAACUCACUGACAACGGUUCCGCCACCCCCGCUGGCCUCGUUGCCGCCUCUCUGGCUCACGCAUUCGCUCUCUUUGUUGCCGUCUCUGUAGGAGCCAACAUCUCUGGUGGGCACGUCAACCCCGCAGUCACCUUCGGCGCCUUCGUCGGCGGUAACAUCACCCUCCUCCGGGGCAUCCUAUACUGGAUUGCUCAGCUUCUUGGGUCCACCGUAGCUUGCUUGCUACUUAAGUUUUCCACCAACGGCAUGACCACCAGCGCCUUCUCUCUGUCUUCAGGAGUGACAGUGUGGAACGCGUUUGUUUUCGAGAUCGUGAUGACCUUCGGGCUGGUGUACACAGUCUACCCCACAGCCCUUGAUCCAAAGAAGGGCAAUUUGGGAAUUAUUGCACCGAUCGCCAUCGGUUUUAUCGUGGGUGCUAACAUUCUGGUAGGUGGGGCCUUCGACGGUGCCUCAAUGAACCCAGCAGUAUCAUUUGGGCCUGCCUUGGUGAGCUGGACCUGGACCAACCACUGGGUCUACUGGGCCGGGCCUCUGAUCGGAGGAGGGCUUGCUGGACUUGUGUACGAGGUCGUCUUCAUCAGCCACACUCACGAGCAGCUCCCCUCCGCAGACUACUGAGCUCAUCAAUCCAUGAACAGUUCCGAGGCUUUUGUUUGAUGUAUUUAUUUCUUUACAGGCUUGUUCAUGUGUUUAUUUCGUGAUCGUUGACCUUUCCAGCAUCAUCAUCAUCAUCAUCGUUGUUGCCCAGCAACGCUAGGUGUGGUUGUGUUAUUCGAUCGGCUCCUAUUUAGUUUUUCCAUGUUUCAAUUCCUUGCAUUUUCAA